AUGCGCUCUUGGAUACCAUGGAGGAAGCAGAAGGGUGACGGAACUUUGACGGCGCAAGGAGAUGCUGAAGUAAAGACGGCGGCGAAUUCGAACGAGGAGAGGAUUGCCGCAGAUCAUGUACAAGGGAAAGCGUUGUCACAAUGUCAGUACAUGAUACCGACACUUCUCGCCGCGCUGAAGGCGGACCCGAAGCUCAAGGUCUUGGACGUGGGUUGUGGAUCUGGGGCGAUUGCUAUUGAGCUUGCUCAAUUGGCACCCGAGGGCCAAGUCACUGGCAUUGAUAUAUCAGGGGCAGUAUUGGAAAGCGCGAAGGUCCAAGCUGAAAGUCGGGGAAUCUACAAUGUCGAUUUUGUUAAAGGCGAUGCUUGCAAGCUGCCGUUCGAAGAUGCUACGUUUGACGUAGUGUGUACACAUCAAGCCGUGGCGCAUUUCCUAGAUCAUGUCAGGGCUAUCAAAGAGAUGAAGAGAGUCACAAGAAAGGGUGGGAUUAUUUGUAUGCGGGAGGGAGAUCUGAGUACGGCGAGGUUCGGACCUGGCUAUCCAUUGUUGGAGGAGUGCGUUAAGGUAAUCAUGGAAGUGCACAGAAUGGGUGGUGGCACACCUGAUGCAGGGAGGAGACUCAAGGCUUGGACGUUGAAAGCUGGUGUGCCAAAGAGCAGUAUUGUGGAGACACAUUCUGCGUGGACGUAUGAUGCUCUUGAAGGCCGUAGAGAGUACGGAGGUCAUUGGCCUGCCCGGUGUACGCAAGGUGUCUUUGCGGAAAUGGCAAGAGAUGUUGGAGUCACAAGCGAUCGACUAGAGCAGUACGCAUUAGCCUGGUCGAGAUGGAUCCAGGAUCCGAAUGCCUCUUUCACUAUGAUGCACGGCCAGAUCGUUGCCAAAGUAUGA